AUGACACGAAUGCUGCGUUCAUUCUUGAUCUUUCUGUGUGCGAUGGUAAAACUGCCAUUGUGGCGAUCCGGAGGAGAUGCUCUUUCGUUGGCGUCUGCUUUACGGACGAGCACAAGCAAAGCCUGUAUCAACGGCUGGAGUCCGUUGUCUUCACAGACAUGCAGACUCCAGACUCGGUUCUUUUCGAGCCCGGGCUUCUCGCAGUGCUGGGCAAGAAGGGCAAGCGCAAGGCAGAGCCAAAGAAAAAGGGCAAGGACCCCAAAAAGCCAAAAAAGGACGAAGAUGAGGAUGAACAGGAAGAUCAGGAGGAAGAGGAUGAAGAAGAGGAGGAUGAAGACUUGGGGUCGGCCCAAGAGGGCGAAGACGAUGAGGAGGAAGAUGAUGAAGAGCAGGAUGAGGAAGACGAUGAAGCACCCAAGAGGGGCAGGGGCCGGGGCCGGGGCCGUGGACGGGGUGGCAGGGGCGGUCGUGCGGGUGCCAAGCCCGAGCCAAAGAAGAAAGGAAGCGGACGUGGUGGAAAAGGCAAGAAGCCAAAGGCUGGUAAUUUGCAGUUGCUUUGUUGAUUGA